CGACAGAGGGUGCUAUCGGACGUUUCACCUCACGAGGGAGUCUGUAGGGGCUCCCAGUGUGGACAGCAUUGCUUGUUUAACCACAACUGACUCGACCUGAAGGUUUCAACGGGGUUGGCUUGAUGGGAUCCAGGUGGGUGACAAAGUGAUGGUCUAAGGACUGGCAGUCACACAGGUGCUUGCGCGUGGGAUGUUUCGCUGGUCGGUGCACCUGGAAGGAGGGCCGCGGAGAGUCAACCAUGCUGCUGUGGCGGUGGGGCACAAGGUGUUCUCCUUUGGAGGCUACUGCUCCGGGGAGGACUACGAGACACUGCGUCAGAUUGACGUGCAUGUCUUCAACACAGUGUCUUUGCGCUGGAUGAAGCUUCCUCCUGUAAGGAUGCUGGGACAUGAACGUGCUCGUGAAGUGCCAUAUAUGCGUUAUGGCCACACAGCUGUGCUGCUGGAUGAUACUAUCUACCUCUGGGGGGGCCGUAACGACACAGAGGGGGCCUGCAAUGUGCUUUAUGCCUUUGAUGUCAACAGCCACAGAUGGUUCACACCCAAGGUUUCAGGGACUGUUCCAGGGGCGAGGGAUGGCCACUCGUCCUGCGUCCUGAGGAAAGCUAUGUAUAUAUUUGGAGGAUAUGAACAGCUGGCUGACUGCUUCUCCAAUGACAUCCACAAGCUGGACACAACCGAGAUGGUUUGGUCAUUAAUUAAUGCCAGAGGCACUCCGGCACGCUGGAGGGACUUCCACUCAGCCACCAUCAUCGGGACAAAGAUGUUUGUGUUUGGAGGACGAGCAGACCGCUUCGGUCCCUUCCACUCCAACAACGAGAUCUACUGCAACAAGAUCAAAGUGUUCGACACGGAGACCAACUGCUGGCUGAGCUCCGCUUCAGUGCAGCCGCUGCCAGACGGACGCAGGAGUCAUUCAGCCUUUUCCUACAAUGGGGAGCUGUAUAUCUUUGGCGGAUACAAUGCUCGUCUGGACCGGCACUUCAACGACCUCUGGAAAUUCAAUCCAGAAACAAUUUCCUGGAAUAAAAUUGAACCCAAGGGUAAAGGCCCGUGUCCGCGGAGACGGCAGUGCUGUUGUAUGGUUGGAGACAGAAUCAUCCUCUUUGGAGGAACAAGCCCCUGUCCAGAGCAAGGAAUGGGGGAUGAAUUUAACCUCAUGGAUCAUUCAGACCUCUAUAUCUUAGACUUCAGCCCCAAUUUGAAGACGUUAUGCAAACUAGCUGUUAUUCAGUACAGUCUGGAGCAUUCAGGACUGCCACAUGAUAUCAGGUGGGAACUGGCAGCCAUGACGACCAACAGCAACAUCAGCAGGCCCAUCUUCUCCUCCCACGGCUGACACCGCCUGAAUGUGAAGCAGAACCAGGGCUGUGUUUCCGGACUCUGAGCUCUUACUUUUCGAAUCAGCUGAGCGCCGGCGGACUGUUUUUUUUUUAAGAAUCUGAAUGGAAUGAAUUUCCCACAUUCUUUAAGUGAAAACUCUUAACUGACCAAACUAUUCUGCGUGAGAUACAUUUGACACCGUGAGCAUACAAAGGAUAUUUUGAACCAUUGAGACACUGGUUAGGAAUUCUUGACAUCUGUUUUUGUCUUCUUUCUAGCUUCUCUAGAAAUCCAAUCAGCCUAUGAUAAUCCUAGACUUCGAAUCCUAAACGCAGGAAGAGACAAGAACUUCAGAUGAAAAAAGUCUUGAGAGCUCACCUCUUGGUUGAGGAUGUCGUCCUGAUGUCAAAAGAUCUCCCCUUGGAGACAAAAAGGAGAACCUUCUGCUCCACAUAUAAAGAGACUAAGAUGGUGAUGAGCUUGUGUAUCCUGAUACCCAUAAAAUGUCCAUUUUGGAAAUGAAGUUGCGUACACUGUAAAUGGAGUGGACAUGGACAGCAUAUUAGUUGGGUGUUAAAUGCAAGACCAGUAUGCAGCAUGUUAUUCUUGUGAAAGGUAGUGUGACUGACUUUUACCCCACUUCAUCAGAACAUGGGAAGCACCUUUCUGCUCUUAUUUGUCUCAAAGGUGAUUUCAGGGCAUCUGAAGCAAGCCCUCUAUCCGCCUUGUAAAACAAUCAAGUCCAUCUACCUCCCUCGAUAGCAUGCAUCGUUGAGUCUUUAAGACUUUUCCAAACAUUAGGCAUCCUCUUUCCCCCAGACAAAAAAAGCCUUUACACAGGGAAGUUUGUAUUAGUGGCCGUUUUCUUCCAAGAAACGUGGAAGAGUGUGACUAACCCUGCAGUUUGUUUUUCAGUGCCAAAUGUAGAGGGGAAUCAUGAUGCAAAUAUAUACUGUGUAUGUGUGUAAGCACGUGGUCCCGUCUACACAUUAUCCUAGCCCACCUGCUUCCGUUCCCCUGUUGUUGUGAGGGAGACGAUCACCAAUAUGCAUAAUGUAUUUGUUCCUCUUAUAGACAAUCCUCUGCUCAUGACCUGUUUCUUCACCGUACGGUGGAAAACCAGGAGAAGUGUGAACAUGUGUUAGUGUACGGCUACGAGCAAAGCUAAACCUAGGUGGAUGUUAUGACACAAAAGGGCUUACACACUCACCACAAGGCUGAAAAUGAAUUGGGAAAGCUUAAAUUGGGGUGCUUAUUCACGUUGUGUGUUUUUAUUCUAAUUACACAUUUUAGAACAAAACUUUGAAAACACUGGAUUGUUGGUGGUGGUCUUUUUAAAGCUUUUAUCUUGAUUCACUAAAGGAUACGUUUGGUGAUAUUCCAAGUUUUUAAGGCACAAAUCCCAUGAAAACAAAAGUAAUCUGAAUGUGUACGUCCACUUUUCAACACCACCCUGCCACAUCUGCGGCUCGUUUUUUUUUUUUACUCAACACCAACUUGGACUUAAUUUAUCUCCUCAAGCAGCUGGGUAAUGUUGUUUUAACAAUUGUUCUAAAGCAGGAGUAAAUAAACAUUUUUAGGGACUACUUUCAGUUGAGGAUGUGGUGCCCUUGCAAGUACUUAAGGCAUCAGAAGGGUGUAUUUAAGAUUCUCAAAGUACUCUGACCAUAUAUGGACAAACACGUCCAUGGAGUAACAUCAAUCAGCCUUUAGAAAAUAAUUGUACACAAAGAUGACAAUUAAUUGUUGGUUUUGAUCUUUUUUUUCAAGGAAUUUAUUGGAAAUGCAGAAUACCACCAGACCCAUCCUUUUGAAUCUUAUAAAUAAGGAAUAAUAAACAAUACGGCUUGACAUUGAAAUGAAUAACUUGGUGAAAUAGUUACAUUUAUACUGCCAGUUUAUUUUGGAGUGAAUAGGAACUGUUACCACACAUUGCAUCAGUGCCCUUCAGUCCUGGGGUUAUGGAGCCUGUGUUUGCUGCCUGCUGAGAGGGUUACAUUGAAUCUGCAGUCAGUCAGUCUCUGAUAGCAGGUGAGAAUGAAACCCUGCAGUUUGUUUGGUCCCAAACAUCAGGAUUGGAUAACACUGACGUCCACGGUAAAUGUUUACAAAUCAGUGUAUUUCAUGUAAAGCAGUGUAAACUAUCUUAAAGCAGGUCGAAGUCACCAGAUAACUGCACUAAAGCCAACUGUGGCAUGUCAGGCCUUACAGAGAGGAGACCUGUCAAUGCUGCUUUUUUAGUUUGAGACGUUUGCCUGCCAAACCAAGUCUGAAUUUUAUUUAUAGACCGGAGGUGCCAAUGUGACUCAGUCUUAUACCCUGUAAACUGCACAUGGACAUAUCACACACUGGAUAUUCCUCAGUACCCCUGAUACUUGGACUAUACAGCUAAUGCAGUAGAACACGGGGAGGCUACCUGGUGUUAGUGUAACGCCUCACGGCAACAUUUCUUUACUUUUUUUAAACGUGUGGUGUGGAAGUCGAUUUAUUUUUUUGGGUCCUUUUUGCGUUUGAGGAUUAUGGGUGGUGGUGUUUUCAGACAAGAACUCUUCAGGAAUUUGACAGGAAGUAAAUAUUAAGUAACUGACAAUGUGGACAUUGGUCAAAAAUAAAAUACCUGCACAACUAAUAUCCUCAGUCACUCACUUACCUUCAGUCAGGCAAUGCUAAGGACAAGUGUUUGGAAUGUUUGCCUAUAACGUUUUUAAAGGCAGUUAUGUUUCUCAUUACAGUUUGUGAGGAGGCUUUAGAAAAAGAUCUGAUCAAACUAAGCAGGAGGUCCUUUGCUUUAUCAGAACAGCAGUUGCCCUCGAGACAAGUGUAUUAGUGUGCACUGUAAUUGUUUUCCAAUCAGAUGUAAAUAAUGGAACAUUUAAUGCCAAGAAGUGUAUUCUUUAUUAAGGGGUAAAAAACAGUAUGGAGUGACUUUGGAGUCAUUGCUUAUUGAUUUUAUUUCCUUUUUGGCUUUUCUGAGGGGGCUGUCAAGGGUGGUCAGGACUUCCUGUGCAAUAUACUUUAUUACUGUAUCAAUAAUAAAUCUGAGACAGUUUGAGUUAA